AGUGUUGCAGAGACGAAAGGAAGUGGUGUUGUGAUUCUGAUUGCGAUUCCGAUUCCGAUGGAGAGGAUUCACGUCAGCGUUCGUGCAAAGCCUCUCUCCCAGGAUGAGGCAAAAACCAGCCCCUGGAGAAUCUCCGGCAACUCCAUUUCCAUUCCUAACCUCUCCAAGUUCGAAUUCGAUCAAAUAUUCAGCGAGAAUUGUGCCACCGCGCAAGUCUUCGAAGCUCGCACCAAGGAUAUUGUGGAAGCCGCAGUUCGCGGAUUCAACGGAACUGUUUUCGCUUACGGCCAAACUAAUAGUGGGAAGACUUACACGAUGCGAGGCACGAAAGCGGAGCCUGGAGUCAUUCCUCUCGCCGUCCACGAUUUGUUUCAAAUUAUUCAACAAGAUGUGGAUCGAGAAUUUCUUCUUAGAAUGUCAUACAUGGAGAUUUAUAAUGAAGAGAUAAAUGAUUUGUUGGCUCCUGAACAUCGAAAACUGCAGAUUCAUGAAAAUCUAGAGCGGGGGAUAUAUGUUGCGGGGUUGCGAGAAGAAAUUGUUGCCUCUCCUGAGCAAAUCCUUGAUCUCAUGGAGUUUGGAGAAUCUCAUAGACAUAUUGGAGAGACAAAUAUGAAUGUGUACAGUAGUAGGUCCCAUACUAUUUUCCGCAUGAUAAUUGAGAGUAGGGAUAGAAGUGAAGAUGGAGGAAGUGGCAGCUCUUGUGAUGCUGUCCGUGUAUCGGUGUUGAAUUUAGUGGAUCUUGCUGGUUCAGAGCGUGCUGCAAAAACUGGAGCAGAAGGUGUCCGACUCAAAGAAGGUUCUCACAUAAACAAGAGCUUAAUGACUUUGGGAACUGUGAUUAAAAAAUUGAGUGAAGGUGCUGAGAGUCAAGGGAGUCAUGUUCCAUAUCGAGAUAGCAAGCUGACUCGAAUUUUGCAACCUUCUCUCGGAGGAAAUGCCAGAACAGCUAUAAUAUGUAAUAUCACACUUGCACAGAUACAUACAGAUGAAACUAAAAGCAGCCUUCAAUUUGCAAGUAGAGCACUUCGUGUCACAAAUUGUGCUCAAGUGAAUGAGAUUUUGACAGAUGCUGCUUUAUUAAAGCGCCAAAAGAAAGAGAUUGAAGAUCUUCGUGCCAAAUUGAUGGGUUCUCAUUCAGAGCAUUUGGAACAGGAGAUUCUGAACCUUCGAAAUACAUUAUUACAGACUGAACUGGAAAGGGAACGCAUAGCUUUGGAAUUAGAGGAGGAAAAGAAAGCUCAAGUUGAAUGGGAAAAAAGAGUACAGGAACAAGCCAAGAAAAUCGAAAAUUUGAGUUCAAUGGUUUUGUUUUCAAACAGGGAUGAAAGUCGUGAGCAUAUUAAAAAGGACAAGAGGCGGGAUACAUGGUGUAUAGGAAAUCUUUCAGGGGAGCAUCUCAGAAAUGUAUACCCUGGCAUCCAACCUAGUGCUUCUACUAUAAAACCCAUAAGACCUAAACGAGACAUGGGACCACUUCUUCCUUUUGAGGAACUUGUAAAUGAAGAUGUUUCUGUGGAUGAGCCCUUCAAGCAAGAAGAAGAUAAUAAAGAUGAUACUAACAAGGAUUGUAAUCUACCAAACCCCUGUGCUUUAUUGCAUGUAACAAACAGGAAAAAGGCACCAUCGCUGAAGAAAAGAUUGUCCAUGGUUUGUGAUGAGGAGGACAACAAAUUUCUAGAAUUGCAGGCAGAAUAUGAGAGUUUGUUUCUAAAAUUUGAAACUCAGAGAACUAUAAGUGAGAUACAGAUUGAAUCAUUGAGAAAACAGCUAAUUGAGGAAACUUCUCUUCAAUGCCUUCAUUCUAAGGAAUCUAUCGACUCUUUAAAUUAUGCUCAUAGUGGUAGCUUGAAUGCUGAUAAAAAUGUGAAUUUUAGAGAGUCAGAUGCUAUUCUUGUUAUCAAGAGACUUCAAGAUCAGAUUAAGGUUUUGGAAAUGGAAAACUUGUCAAGCCAAAAAAGCUUGGAUAAUGUUGUUGGUCUGGCAACAAAGCAGAACAUAUGUGCUAGGGAGAAAUAUGAAGAGCUCUAUGAAGAGCUUAUAAGUGCACAGGAGACAGCUCGACUGGCUAAUGAACAACUUACUUCCACUGAAACUGCGAGCAACAUUAAUGAUGGAAAUUUUGACUUUGUGAUCAGUGUUUCCAUGGGAAUUGAAGAAAUUGUGUCUGAAAUUCAAAACUCAAAAGAUGCUGUUCAAAGUGUUAUGUUUAUGGUGGAUGACGCUAUUACAAAUUUCUCUGCUCUCUAUGAUAUGCUCCUUGUUUUGAAAACCUCAGUAUCUCAGGAUUCUGCAGAACAAAGUUUAGUCUUGAGUAAUUAUCAGAAGUUGAAUUCUUGCUUGAGAAAAAAAAUAUUUGAGCUUGAGAAUGAAAAGAUUCUUCUGGACAACCAAUUGGCUGAUCUUCAGAAGCAUCUUCAGGAGUCAAAACUAGAUUCUCAGAAUUCCCAAAAUUCUUUGAUGGAAAACUUAGAACAGCAUAAAUUUGAAAAUGCAGAGUUGAUUUCUUAUAUUCAAACUCUUGAAAAGGAUUUAUCAUGUUUGACAUCGUCUUCAGUGACCAAGGAUAGGGAAACUUUAAGAAAAGAUCUGGAGAAGACAAAAUCCAAGUUGAAAGAAACUGAGUCUAAGCUUAAGAUUACCAUACAAGAGAAAACAAAACUUGAGGGUGAGAAAGCCUAUGCUGAACGAGAGAUUAAACGGUUGCACGGUCAAAACUCUCUUCUUGAACGUGAUAUCAAUAAACGUGAUUCACUUGCAGGAAGAAGACGUGAUUCAAUUGUUGAAAGGGGUUCAAAGAUGUUUGAUCCUAAAAGACCAAAGGGUCUGGCAAUUUCUCUGGAACAAACAUUACAGGAAGAGCACAAAAAGCUGGAAGUUUUUGCAUUUGAAUCAGAAGCAAAAAUUGCUUCGUUGGAAGAAAAAAUUGCAGCUAUGUUGAUGGAGAAAGAAGAGGUGAUAUCUAUUAAUGAAGGUUUGAUGUCAGAACUCGAAGGCUUGACUGAAAAACUGAAUACAUCAACCUCUGAACUAUAUAAUUUGAUGGAGGAAAUUUCAGCUCUUAAACAAAGAUUGGAAGAAUCUGAUAUCAACCAAGAAAAAUUGAAAAGCUCUGUUAAAGUACUGAUGGAAGAAAAGGAGGAGUUGGCUAUGCAACUCACUGAUUCCCUUUUGGAAAUAGAGGAGGAAAGGGCAAUAUGGUCUGCCAAAGAGAAAGAUGCACUUCUAGCCAUAGAAGAACAAGCAAAGUCAAACAAUGUGCAAAUUACAUCAUUAUCAACAAAAUUAUUAGAAGUGAGGAAUGAAUUGGAAUCUUGUAGAGAAGAAUGCAAGACCCUACGUGAAAGAUUGACUAUUACAUAUGAAAAUGCACAUAUCAAGGAAAAUUCCAGGGAAAAGGUUUCAGAAUUGGACCACCUGGAAAAUCACCCUGAAACAACCAAUGCUGAGAGCAAACAAUCCCAAGAAAUGUCAAAAGCCAAUUCUGAGAUGCAAUCUUUGGAGCAUGAGCUGCAUGACAGUCCCAAGGAGGAGAAAGAAAAUGAACUUCGGAAGGAAAUACAUGUUCUUGAUAAAGGAGAUAAUCUAUCAAGCCCGAACGUGUUUCAGAACCUCAAGGACAAACAAUCUGUUGUGACAAAAGAAAGGGACAAAUUGAUGAUUGAGAUGGAAGAUCAACAUAAAAGAAUGGAAUUUCUGCAAAAGAAUUGCCAGGAUGAGUUAUCGAAGGCCAAAGUCCAUAUUGAGGAGCUGAAUUGGAAGCUUUCCGAUAUGGAGGCCAAAAUGCCCGUGGGUGGCCUAAAAAACAACAAAGAGAUGGCUAAGCUCAGAAUGAGACUCCGUGGAACACAAGCAAAGCUGGAUUCUUUCCGUUGUAGAUACAAGGAAGCAAUUGAUGAAUCAGUGUUAACGAAUAAGAAGUAUAAAGAUCAGUUGGCUUCAAAAGGAUUAGAAGUGCUUAACCUAAUGAAACAGCUAGCUGCUGCCAAAGGCCAAUAGGAAAUUUGCAUGGUUGUAUAUUAAAGGAUGUAAUCCCACAUCCUGAGUCAUGUCAUUUUUUUGUUUAUCAUUUAUAGAUGGGUCCAUCAUUCCAAGUGGUCUUAUUAAUGUGUAAAUCUUAUGCCAAUAGUGAAGCUUGAUAGAUGCAUGCUGCAAUUUUACUGCUCCCUUUUUUAAAUUUCUUUGUUUCCUGCACUUUCACUAUUGAAUCUUGCACCUACCAUUGUAUUUCGAAUUUCGAAAAGUUCAUUCUAAAAUGCAAAUUUACAUUCGUGAAAGCAAA